GCUUGUUUGGCUUCACUUCUUGACGUUUCAUUGGCAUCGUUAGGCUUCAGAUAUUAUGGUGUGUCCAGGUGUAUAUUUCCAAUUUUUGUUCUGGAUCUCUCUGAUGAAAACAGGUUUGAAACAGCGUGUGGUUACUCAUAUUAUCAGCACUAUGUGUGUUGUCCGACAGUCGACGGUUCUCAUACCCUGCUCAUACGGUCACUCCAGACACGAGAGCUUGUACAUAGAGGAAUGGGUUUAUCAGAGAUCACCGGAGGACAGUGAUAGGGUCGUCUCUCAGGACCCUGCGUUUGAAGGUCGUGUGGAGUUUGUGAACUCAACUGGAGGUGGCGGUGGCAACUGCUCGCUGCUGCUGAAGAACGUUAGAGACAGUGAUGCCGGCAUCUUCAGUAUUAGGUUCAGAAGCGGUGUUUCUUUACAAACCUGGUCAAAGUCAAGUGGUGUCAGUCUGAAAGUAACAGAUGCAGAGGUAGAGGUGAUCUCCCAGUAUGAUGUGGUGACAGAAGGAGAUUGGUUGGUGUUUUUCUGCGGCUCUUGCGUCCCCUCCAUCAUUGUGCCCACCUACAUCUGGAGGAAAGAUGGUCGUUUGUACAGUCAGAACUAUGGGACCAACCAGCUUGAUCUGAACUCUGUUAGACUGGAGGAUGCAGGUCGAUAUUCAUGCAUGUUAAGCGGUCAUGAGGGACUCAACUUUUCGUCUGUUGCCGUUAAGGUUAGACCUGGAGAUCCUCCAAAGAACACAACAAUACGCAUCAGUCCAUCUGCUGUAAUAAUGGAGGGUGAUUCAGUGACUCUGACCUGCAGCAGUAAAUCAAAUCCACUUGUUCACAACUACAGCUGGUUUAAGGUGAAUGAAACAUUAUCUGUUGGAUCUGGACAGACGUACAGCAUCACUAACAUUAACUCCAGUCACAGUGGAUGGUUUUACUGUGAAGCUCAGAAUAAAUAUGGAUCUCAGAGAUCAAAUGCUGUUCUGCUGAUGAUUGUAACAGGAGGAGACAGACUGGCUGUGAGUAAGGUUACAGUGGGAGUAAUACCGGCUGUUGUCAUCACAUCUGUAUCUGUGAUACUUUUGGUUGUUAUUGGGAUCUGUAUCAGUAGGAAAAGAGCAACAUCAGACGUUCAAAACAACAAAAAUCUACAGCACCAUAGAGCGAUUGAGUCUUCUGAAGAGACUUACAUGACCCUUGACCCCAAUACCAUGAGUUCUGAUUAUGACACACUGGAUAAUGUAAGAAAAUCCACUGAUAAGAGAUAACCUUGAAAGCACACAGCUGCCAUCAAAAACAGCUGGAGAGGACAAAAGAAGAUAUAAUGACAUUAAACACUGGAUGCUUGUUUUAGUGAAUAGUGAAAAGUUAAGGUCUAGUAACACAGUAAGUGUUAGCAGCAAGUGGUGCAAUUUAAGUUCAUUCAUAUCAGCAUCAUCUAUGCUAGAAAUACAAUAUUUUUGUAUUUUUCAAUUUUAAAGGGGACAUAUUAUUUGACACUUUUGGUGUCCCAAGAGUGUUUGAUGACACGAAUUUCCGCUGUUUUUCGUGUCUCUUGAGACGAAUGUCUUUUUCAUCCUUUCCAGCACAAAUUUCUACCAAUGGCUGUUCGUGUCUGUGGCACGACUUACUUUAUUGUGUCAUUUUAUAUUUAGUUUUCUCAUCAUUUUUUCCUAUUUUUAAAUCAUUGUCGCUUGGGGUUAGGGUUAGAUUCUGGGUUUGCAUUAGGAUGUAAUUUUAUGCAUUAGUUUCUACAUGUUUUUCGUCCGCUUUUAAAACUAUUCUCGUCUGGAGUUGGGGUUAGAGUUGGGGUUUGGGUGAGGAAGUCGCAGAAAGUGAUUCUAACCCAAACAUCAAGCGACAAUGGUCAAAAAAUAGAAAACAAU